AUGGCCACUCUGCUUCUCUUCACCAUUCUUUCCUUGCUCUUCAUUACCCAAGCCGAGGAUCGAGUUCAUGGGCUCAUCAACGAGAGUCCCACGGCGGCUACCUCACCGGAAGCAUAUGCGUUUUUCGACGCGGACAUGCAACGGCCAAAUACUAAGAACCCCUGUGACUCAUCAGACUGCUCAUCCUUGCCCCUUGCAGCUACAGUGGUGCAAUCUGCUCGUGCGCAUGAAAGCACGUCGACUGGUGGAAAUCUGUUAGGUGCAAAUGGAGUUGCUGGUAUUCCUUUUGCUUUUGCGUUUGCAUGCCUCGUUUCGACGGGGAUUUACUAA